GACGCCUCUCUAAGCGACGCUCCGUAUCUUCGUCAGUCAUAUCGCGAUAGUCUCCGCGCGGCGGAUCGUUAUCGAAGUCGCGUAACGUUCGGCAACGAUAUAAGAGGCAGGCAGUAGUCGUUCGGUCGACGGUGUUGAACGACGACGAGAACCCCCGUUCGGUGGCCGAGCAACACACUUGGCACGCACGAAUAUUCCGUGGUGCACGUUACGCCGGUUCGUCGACGAGAAUAGACGUUCUCCGCGAGGAGAGGCCGUCUUCCGGAUCCCCGGUAACCUCGCUGGGUUGCGGACGCUGUUCCGGAUAUCAGUUUCCAACUGGAUCGAGUCGUUUGUUCCUGACCCGCGAGUUCGAGGUCCUGGCGGCUUGAAACGAAAGAGUGGCUCCAAAGAAGUGACAAGAAUAUACACGGUGAAGUGGCAAAAGUGGCCAAAGGGCUGUCUAAAGUGCGUCCAAUUCGAUCCUCGACGAUGAAGAGUCUGACGCUCCUAUUUCUUCUGGUGACCGUGGCGGUGUGUCACGAGCCGUUCCAAGUGAAGUUCGAAUGGAAGACCAUCAACUUUGACUGGCCGUCGGAGGAGAUGCGGGUGUACGAGAUUGACCACAACGGGUACAUACCAGAAAACAACUUCAUCUCUGGGAUCAAGUUCUGGAAGGGUAAGAUGUAUCUGUCGCUCCCGCGCUUUAAAGACGGAGUGCCCGUCACUCUCGGAGUGACGUCCGCGACCCCGGUGAACCAUAACACUGCGCCCAGCCUGGAGGCGUACCCUAACUGGGAUAUGCAGAAGCUGGACGAUUGCAGUGCCUUCCAGUUCGUCCAGAGCAUGGAGAUCGAUCCUGCAGGACGCAUGUGGGUCCUUGACUCGGGACGAGUGUCUCCUUUGUUGCCGGAGGUCAAGAUCACCUGCCCGCCGCGGCUGGUGAUCUUGGACAUCGAGAACAACGGCGAGAUCCUGCGUAACUACGAGUUCCCUCAGCACGUGGCUCGCCGUGGAACGGCUUAUCUCAACGACAUCGUCGUGGACCACGAGGACGGAGGCAUGGCGUAUAUAACCGACACCGAUCGCGAAGAUCCUGGCUUGAUCGUCUACUCCCUGCAGAACAACACCUCCUGGAAGGUCAGACACGACUCGAUGAAGGCGAAGCCCGAGGCUGUCAGGUUUAUGAUCAACAAAACUCCCGUAAACGUGCCGUUCGCGAUCGAUGGCAUCGCCCUGUCGCCUGCCAGCAGCGAGGACAGGAUGGUGUACUACUCACCCCUGUCGUCUUUUCAUCUGUAUUCGGUGCCGACAUCCGCGCUGAAGAACAACGCAUCCAUCGACGACGUGGUGAAGGAGGUGGGAAGAAAGAACUCUCAGUCGGAUGGAAUGGUAAUGUCCGCCACGGGGGUGCUGUACUACGGCUUGUUGGCUGACGACGCCGUGGGCACGUGGGAUACGGAGCAAUCACAGUCGUUCAACACAGGAAAGAGGGUCAUCUCCAGGGACCACGAGAGGAUGCAGUGGCCGGACAGCUUCGCGAUCGACGAGGACGGUAACGUCUAUUGUGUCACCAACCAACUGCAAAACCUCCUGAACAAUCGCGUGAACGUGAGCGUGCCGAACUAUAGGGUCGUCAGGUCGAAAAUUAACGUGAAGAAUUAUCAGUACUAUAAGGACGGAACCGCACCGGAGCAGCCAGCGAUAUCCGCGUCCUCCGCUAGCAGGAUUAACCUCGCCAUAGUCUCAGGAUUAUUCGUUCUGUUGGCCUUCGUUGCGAAGUAACGUCUCUUCUCCUCCCCUCGUUCUUCCGUACUUGUUUUCUUUGUUAGGGGUAAACAGUAAUCGGACGAAGGUUGGGUAUACCGAACGCGUAUCCUCUCAGAGGAUCCCCCCCGAGUCGGAUAACGCGCGGUUGUUCGAUGUUUCCGGUGAUCCUGAGCGGAGAGGAUGUCACAGAACUAUGCACUGCCGUGCAGGAAUUCCGAUUCACGGAAAAUGUUCUUCGCGAUAUACGCUUACGGACGAAAUUUAAGGAACUACGUUUACGCAGGUGUAUAUUCUUAGUUGUCUCGUAUUAAUUCUAGCGUGAUUGUUAAAUAUAGUGUACACAUUUAGUAGUUUUUAACGAAUUGCUUGCAUUAUUGCACACGCACGCUUCCAUGGCGAAAACUAUCCAAAAAUAGGUUACUUGAAACGAUAUUACAGGUAAUAGCAUUUCGAAAGAGUCCUGGUCUGAUUGUAACGAUGGGUCGAGUAAGUAAAGGUAGACUACAGUGUGUAAGAUGAAUAUUUGCCGAAAAAUUUACUGUAUCACCAAAUGUACGAUACUUUUAUUAUUUUCUUUCGAUUGCUCGUUCGUCGUGUUAGCGAGGUCGGCACUCGAGCUGGUUUUUAACCGGUCAGCGAUGCGCUCGCGUGAUCGACGAUUAAGAAACGGUGUAAGACGUUUGUAACAAGUAUAAUGUAAUAUUUAAGUGUACAGAAGUCCUACGUUACUCGCAUUACGUUGGUGUGGCGAGGAGAAGCCUUUUGUUUCGAUAACAGCUUGGUAUCUACGUGACAUUCAUCCGACUAACAUCGCGCAAUAGUCCAUUGACGUUUGGGACCACAGCUUCGCGAUUUGUCGAAGUAAUCCAUUUUUAUUAGCCAACGACCUUGAACCGUUGUUUUAUGUAAUUCCAUGCCCUACGACAGGGCUUCCCAACCUUCGAUGCUUUGCAUAUCGAUCGGAUGUAGAAACUUCGUAAGUUAUCUAAAAUUAAGUACUGGUGAAAACUUCAUUUCGAAGGUGAGGCGUGAAUUCGCGAAUUGGUGAGCUUACAGAAAUGGAAUACUAGGACAAGUGUUAAAUUGCCUAAUUCUUCGAUAGUCUCGAGACGAAAUUUUAACUCCGUAGAAGUCUCCACGAGUUCUAGUCCAAUGUUUUAACCGACCUAUUAAUCGAAGUGGGAAGCUCUGCUUUAGGAGAUUCGCAUCAGGACCCUGGAUUGAUCGCUUCUCAGCAUUGAUUUUUUCGCGUUGCAUCGCGUUGGAUGCAGCAUUUAAAAACACGUCCACAAACCAUGAUGUUAUCGUCGCUAGGGGUAGUUUAAGGGAACCCGCAACAAAAAAUGUCGCAGAGAUAGACUUUUCCAUCCAUGAUACCUCAGAAUUCAAACAAGAAAAUUCAACCAAGUUCAGGCAUUUUACACGUGGAUAGAGCUCCGUUACGGGUUCCCUUAAGAAAAUAGACGUUACGUUUACCAAAAAGGGGAAUAUUGUGUAUUUAUUGUGGUAUCAAAUAAAACAAUGUUGGAAUAGCCGA